ACAGUCCAACUCCCUUCUUGGGCAGCUCAUCCUGGGAGGAGCCUGAGUACUCAGGAGCAAAUUCCAGGGACUCCAUGGGAGUUGCUCAGCACGCCUCCAGAGAGUACCAGGAAGGCCGUGCCUGGUGGCUGGCAGGGGAUGCCAGGUCUCCUCUCUCGUGAGGCCAGUGGCCAGCACAGCCCCCUUUAAGGAGCGCUCUGCCAUCCAGUCUUAAUUUUAGCUUGGAGGCGUGCCACCGGCAGCUUUAACCAGAGGCCUGCUGAAGUUAUGCAGGACAGCUGUCAGGCGGCAUGCUGGGUGGGGCCUAUUUAGCCAGCAGGGGCACCAGUCUGGAGACCCCACGCUUGGUCCUUCUGUCCCAGGACUGUCAACGGCACAGACUACAAGGCUCGGAUCUCCUCCUGAAGGUGCCGCAGCCCCACCAUGAUGACUGAAGAGCACUCUGAUCUGGAGGCCCGGAUCAUCAAGGACAUCCACUGCAAGGAGAUAGACCUGGUGAACCGCGACCCCAAGAACAUCAAUGAGGACAUUGUGAAGGUAGAUUUUGAAGAUGUAAUUGCAGAGCCUGAGGGUACCUACAGCUUCGAUGGUGUGUGGAAGGUGAGCUACACCACUUUCACCGUCUCCAAGUACUGGUGCUACCGCCUGCUGUCUACACUGCUGGGUGUGCCACUGGCCCUGAUCUGGGGCUUCCUGUUCGCCUGCAUCUCCUUCUGCCACAUCUGGGCUGUGGUACCCUGCAUUAAGAGCUACCUGAUCGAGAUCCAGUGCAUCAGCCACAUCUACUCACUGUGUAUCCGCACCUUCUGCAACCCGCUCUUUGCUGCACUGGGCCAGGUCUGCAGCAACAUCAAGGUGGUGCUGCGGAGGGAAGGCUAAAUCCGGGCUGGUGUGAGGGGAAGGCUGGGCAGAGGGAAUCAGGCCACGUGAGCACCACAGCUCUGCUCCACGUGAGCUGCCAGAGAGCUCAUGCUUUUGAGGGUCCUUUCAAUUUCUCCUCAAGAUAGGAACACACCAGACAGGGGAGCUAGUUCCCAUGUGGAAACACAGGCACCCUUGCUCUGCUCGGCCCACCACGAUCCCCAGUGAGCCUGCCUGAGGGCAGACGGUUUAAGAGGCAGCUACCGCAAGGCUUUGCGUUCACAUGUACUGUAAUACCACAAACCAGCCCAGUCCUCUAGAGGGGUGACCUGGCUCCUCAUGCAAGAGAGAGCAAGCAGUGACUGCGGGCAUGAGGAGGGUGCUGCAAUAAAGGGUUUCGGCUGCACCAGGGAACAUCAUA